UAGCGAACGCCCCCUGGGCUCCAGACAAAAGAAUACACAACAGUGACGUCUAACGGGGGUCUUUUGGACAUUCUCUCACACAAACACACUGACACACACACACACACACACACACACACACAUUUAAAGUGAUCAUAAAGAAGGGGGCCGUCUGUUUAAAGCUUGCUACAUUUGCGAGCUGAUGCCUUGGACUAUGACGAACAGCAACUCCCCCACUUUUCAACUCUGACCUCAAGGAUUUGCAGAAACAGUGGGAGAGAGAGAGAGAGAGUGAGAGAGACAGAGAGAGAGAGAGGGGGGAUAGAAAGAAAAAAGCAAAAGGAGGUGGGCUAGAGGACUUCUUGUUCCAAUGAGGCAGUGGGGGCUCUUCCAGCAGAGAGACAGUCGUGGUAAGCUUAAGCAAAGCCACUAACGAGUCAGCUCCUAGCAACGCUGUCCGGAGAAUCUAUGCUUUCUUUGCAUCAAUACUCUUCCGAAGGCAAUGUGAAGUGACUGAAAAGAAAAGGAAGAAGAAAAACAAUCUAAUGCCUGCAAAGAGAAGCCAGCUGCCCACACAGAGUUCAGACCAGUGCAAUAAGUAAAGCACUGAAGAAAGGGAAAGAAGUACAAAAGGAAAAACAGAGAAAACUAAGUAAGGAGCGAGAUCCAGUCAAGCUGCAGCCAGCCGAAGCCAGUGGAAUGGACCUAGGUGCCAGUUGGAUUAAUCCCAGCGUACCCGCAGUGCUGUCUGAGGAGGAGGGCUGAGGAUCUGCUGCAACGACAACAAACUCCUGAAUGAGGAUGAAUGGAGAUGUUCUUUAGCUAAGCCUCAAGACAACACUCUUGCCAAAUCCACCUCUGCGUAAGCUGGGACAGCACAAGCCAACAGCUGGAGGAGGUGGUGGUGGUGGAGGAGGAGGUGGAGGAGAGGAGCCAGGGGGCCCAGAGCACUGCUGGUGCUCCCGCCCCAGAGGAGAGCCGGGAGCGGGCAGGACACUGAGGAAGGACAGGGUCUGGAGGAGGGACACGAGGGAGGGGGCGAGGUGGCGGGCGGCGGGCGUCGCAUGGCCGUGCAGAGGCUGGUGGCGGCGGCGGUGGCAGUGGCCCUGCUGUCCCUGGUCCUAAACAAUGUCGCAGCCUUCACCCCCAGCUGGGUCCUGCAAGCCCUGGAGGACGGACGCAAGCGAAGCGUGGGACUAUGGAGGAUGUGCCCCACUGGUGGGGAAAGGGUCCGUGAUGACCUCCAGGCUGGGAGAAGGGGGCAAGGGGCACCGAGGCAGUGUGAAAGCCUUGGAUGGGGCUCUGAGUAUGCAGGCUACCAAGAGUCACGCAGCACUGUCAAAUUGCAGUUCGACAUGAUGCGAGCGUGUAACCUGAUGGCGACGGUGGCCCUGACAGUUGGUCAGCUGAUCUUCCUUCUAGGCCUGAUGGAGCUGCCUUUCAUCACGCAGGAAUCACAGUGGUGGGAGGAAGCCAUUGCUGCGCUCUUCCAGCUCGCCAGUUUUGUGCUGGUGAUUGGACUUGUGACCUUCUACAAGAUCGGGCCCUACACACACCUGUCCUACUCCUGCUACUUGGAUAUAGCUGCUUGCCUGCUGGCCACGAUAGCUGCGGCCAUGCUUAUCUGGAACAUUUUACACCGCCGUGAUGAUUGCCUUGCACCUCGAGUUAUCAUCAUCAGUCGCUCUCUGGCGUCACCUUUCCACCCACGUCUAGACAAUGACUACGUGGAGUCGCCUUGUUGAGCCAUGUGACCUCACAAGCUAUGUCAAUAGGGAGUAACAGACUGCACGGACAAGACUGCACACUCAACUAUUCAUGUUUUUCUCCAGCUGGUGCUUCCAGAAAAGAACAUUCCUGUGGCUUUACAGUGGCUGGACUAACAUGUACCUGCAAUUAUAAAUCUCUAUAUUUCACAACUCCUCCCAAAAUAAACAAAAGCUAUUAUAUAGAAUUAUUUUUGCUGCUUAGUGCACAAAAGUCACAGUUUUGAGAUUUUAAAAUUAAUGUAUAGAGCAGUCCUAAACUUCUAAAUAUAUUGAAAUACUGAAUCAUGUUUCAUGAAUUCAUGCUUGAGUCAGCUAAUUGAUAGCUAAACAUGGAAUCUGGACUAAGACUGUCUUAUAUGAAUCAUCCUUCAUAUGAAAAGAUCAAGCUGGAACUUGACCUAUUUUGUUAUAUGUGCACUUAUUAAAUGGCCUCCUGCAUAAUUAUAAAUUGGAAAUUAUGAAAGAUGUUGAAAAUAUAAUACCAGAAUACCUCAUAUUUGUUUUCAUCCUUUUAAAGCUUAUUAUGCAAUUUUAAUACAUAUAAAUGUUAAUGAUAUAUGUUGCAAUUAUAAGUAGGUAAACUAACAAGGUAAAAGCAGAAAAGUCAGUCCACCUCAGCAAACCCUUUGAUUGGGCUUUUCCAAAUCAGUGGCAAACAGCCAAUUUGAGGUGAUAUUUUGAUCAAAUUAUAUUUUACUCAAAGACAUCAGGGAAUAUUCUCACCUUCUGGGUCGCUGUUACAUACAUAUUUUUCCUCUUAAAAAAAGGAAAAUAAAAAAACAAGUGACCCGCCAAGUAAUGUAUGUGAAUUGAUUUUGAAUUUUAAAGCAGUAUUUGUUAAACUGAUGGUAACAAAUGUCUUGGCCAUUUACUGCAUUUUGAAAUGACAUACACUUUUCACUACUUAUGUUCAUUUGUCAUGAUGCUUUCCAUAUGAAACUCUGCUCGCUUGUGGUACAUACUGUAUACUUAAAUUAAUAUAAUAUAGUUGUGUAAAGAAGUGCUAUCAUUAGUAGUAGUAUUAUUGUGACCAUAUCAUACUUUUGCAAAGAACUCCAGGUUAUCUGUGGAUCUUCCACAAUGCCAAACAUAGGGGCACAUUAAAAUAAUAAUAUAUCAUAUGAAUUCAAUAAAUUUAUUGGCAAAUAUUCAAA